AUGGGCUUCAAGAACCCUUUUCAGAAACGGACGGAGGAUGUAUACGGCGACACCGACGUGCCUAGAGAAUCGAUUUCCACGGCAGAACGUGAGAAAGCUGCCCAUGAUGUCGUUGAUACACCUAUCCCGCUGUUGACCUGGCGCUCUACUUUGAUGGGUGUGUUUGUCUCCAUGGGUGGCUUCCUGUUCGGAUACGACACUGGUCAGAUAUCGGGUUUCUUGGAAAUGGAAAAUUUUUUGCAACGCUAUGGUCAGCUAGGAUCUGAUGGGACCUAUUACUUCAGCAACGUGCGAUCGGGUCUUAUCGUCGGUCUGUUGUCAAUCGGUACUUUGAUGGGUGCAUUGGUCGCAGCCUUCAUCGCGGAUCGCGUGGGACGCAAAUGGUCGAUUAGUGGUUGGUGCGUGAUCGUCUGUGCUGGUAUCACUGUACAGAUUUCUUCACCAUCAGGCAAAUGGUAUCAGGUCGCUUUGGGCCGUUGGACUGCAGGUCUCGGCGUCGGUGCUUUGUCCUUGCUUGUGCCCAUGUACCAGGCCGAGUCUGGACCAAGACAUAUUCGAGGAUCAUUGAUCAGUACUUACCAGUUGUUCAUUACUCUGGGUAUCUUCGUCGCCAAUUGUAUCAACUUCGGAACCGAAGCUAACACCGACACUUCAUCAUGGCGUAUCCCCAUGGGAAUCACCUAUCUCUGGGCUGUCAUCUUGGGAGUGGGAAUGGCAAUGUUCCCCGAAAGUCCCCGCUACGACUACCGUCAUGGCAAAGUGGACAAGGCAAUUGACACCCUAUCAAAGAUCUACGGUGUCCCUCGUAACCAUCGCGUCCUUAUCAUCGAAUUCGACGAGAUCAAGCAAAAGUACGAAGAAGAAGUUCGCAACGGCGAAGUCACUUGGGUACAAAUGUUCCGCGCUCCAACGAUGAAAUACCGUGUCGCCGUCGGCGUCGCCCUCCAAGCUCUGCAGCAGCUGACCGGUGCAAACUACUUCUUCUACUACGGCACAACCGUCUUCAAAGGCGCCGGGAUUCAAAACAGUUACGUGACCCAGAUGAUCCUGGGUGGUGUCAAUUUCGGCACCACAUUCCUGGGUCUAUACCUGAUUGAACACUACGGUCGUCGUCGCUCGCUUAUUGUCGGUGCAUUGUGGAUGUUUGUCUGCUUCAUGAUUUUCGCCUCGGUGGGCCACUUCUCUCUUGAUCGUGAGAAUCCCGAAAACACAAAGUCUGCCGGCGUGGCCAUGGUGGUAUUUGCUUGCCUCUUCAUUCUCGGCUUCGCAAGUACUUGGGGUCCCAUGGUGUGGACAAUUAUUGCCGAGUUGUAUCCCUCGCAGUACCGUGCGCGUGGUAUGUCGCUUGCUACCGCAUCCAACUGGCUCUGGAACUUCCUGCUGGCAUUCUUCACGCCAUUUAUUGUUAGUGCUAUCGACUUCCGGUUCGGUUAUGUUUUUGCGGGCUGUUUGUUCCUUGCAGCGGGUCUGGUUUACUUUGCUGUUAUCGAGGGUCAGGGACGUACGCUUGAGGAAAUUGAUACUAUGUAUCUGAUGAAGGUGAAGCCGUGGAAAAGCUCCAAGUUUGAGUUCCCAGCUGAUCCUGCGGUUAUUCGCGGCUCGUUUGAUAAGGGAGAGGGAGCUUCGGCUCAUGUGCCGAACUCGACUGGCGUGUUGGAGGAUGAUGUCCCUACUGUACCGGAGACUGGGGCUACAGGGACAGGUGCCGCGGAGACCCGAGCUGAGGCUUAA